CCGAGGGAAGCGGCGGUGGAGAAAUUGUUUUGUAGUGUUCUCGGUACUCUUCUGAAUUUACUUUGCUGUUUUUGGUCAUCCAGCGACGUGCAAACCAGCUCCCAUCUGCAGGAAGGUUUCAUCUGUCCGUGCUCUCGUUAAUCAUGUCGGUGGUGCCUCCCAGUCGCUCCUCCACCGGGUGGCCGCGCGGCGGGGCCGUCCAGUUUGGGAACAAAUACAUGAGCGGGCCUGCCAAGCCCCUCACCCUGGAGAGGACCAUCAACCUAUACCCUCUUACCAACUACACAUUCGGCACCAAGGAGCCUCUGUAUGAGAAGGACAGCUCGGUGGCAGCACGGUUUCAGAGGAUGCGGGAGGAGUUUGACAAGAUGGGAAUGAGGAGGACGGUGGAGGGAGUACUCAUCGUCCAUGAACACAGGCUGCCUCAUGUCUUACUGCUGCAACUGGGAACAACUUUCUUCAAACUGCCCGGCGGAGAAUUGAGUCCCGGAGAAGAUGAAGUGGAGGGUCUGAAACGCCUGAUGACUGAGAUCCUCGGACGGCAGGAUGGCGUGAAGCAGGACUGGGUGAUUGACGACUGCAUAGGCAACUGGUGGCGCCCAAAUUUUGAGCCUCCACAGGUAUACCCCUAUAUUCCCGCUCACAUUACCAAACCCAAGGAGCAUAAGAAGCUCUUCCUUGUUCAGUUGCAGGAAAAAGCGCUGUUCGCCGUCCCCAAGAACUAUAAACUGGUGGCAGCACCGUUGUUUGAACUAUAUGACAACGCCCCUGGAUAUGGACCCAUCAUUUCCAGUCUACCACAGUUAUUGAGCAGGUUCAACUUCAUCUACAACUAACUUGAGUGAGCUGAAGGUGCGUCUGGCUGUCUCUGUGAGUGCAGCCCCGUCUGAGUGAAGCUCAAAGGCGAGAGACUUCUCAUCGCUGGAAAUCUCACAUAAAAAAACUUGUCAUGUCCACAGGGGUGUUUGUUUAUACUGUUGUUAGAAGAACAUGGAAAUGUAAUGUGUCUUUCUUUUUUUUAUCUUAAAAACAAAUAGUUUUUGUAGUAUGUAAGUACAAAUUCCAGUGUCUCAAGAAUCUGAUUUUAUGGCCUCUCCAGAAGAGGAAAGUGUUUGAUUAAACAAACUGCAAAGUUGAGUUUCUUGUUGUUUUAACCUGUAACAAUGCUGUGGUUUUUUUUUCUUUUUAAUAAAAAAGUAAUUUGAAUAUGUUUUAUACAGUUUAAAGAGCAAGUGAGCUGCUGACUUAAGUUUUAAAGAUUUUCAGACAUUUUUCCUAUAAUCAAUAAUCAUUGUGAUACAAAAAUCAGAGUCAGAACAGAAAGUACUAAUGCUCAUGAAAAAAAACACUUUGCAUUUAAAUCAAAUGGCACAAAAUAAAGAUGAAAAAAAGUGAUAACUGUACAGACAGCAGUCCCAAAAGGAUUGUCUUAAGUUGUAUGUCUUGUUGGAGACUGAUGUACAUUUAUCAGAAGAAAGUCACUUGACCUGCAGGCACAGAUCUCGUCACAAUUAUCUUAACAUGGUGAUCACAUAAAGUUACUGUAUUCACAGCAAGUGAAUCACUUCAUCUUUUUUUCCCUACAGAAGAGGAAAUUAUCACCAGCAGUUAAUUCCCAGAUGAAGCGCAUGAGAUUAAAGUGUUAGCGUGCUAAUUGAACGAUGAAAAUGGUGGGAAUGAUUAUUUGAAUCAGCUCUGAAGAUUUAACUUUGCAACCUGUACAUUUCUUGCAUAUCUUGUUGGGUCUCUGACUUGCUUUCCCCCGAAGUUUACCUCACAGGCAGCUAAAUAAAGGUCUAA